CGAUGAUCAAUUGGACUACGUUCUCGAAACUAUGCCUGGUGCCAUUCAACACCCGGUUGAUCAGACACAUCUGCCACUACGUAGUAAGCCGGCGAAGAUGGUGAUUUCUCAGCGCGCUAAUAGUGGAGAUGAUUACAAG